GGACAGUUAAUGCUUUUAGCGUUGUAGACAGAGAGAUUAUGUGGACAAGUGUCGCCCCGCAGACUGACAGGCUCAGUGUCUGUAUGUGACACACUUAGAUGGUGGGGUGGGAUAGGCUGCACGUUUGCAUGUUUCACAUUUUCACUCCUCAGGAAAAUUAACGCACAAACCGAUGAUCAUGAGUGAGGUGGUUUGCACAAAAUCUCAGGAGGUGUACGAGGAUGACUUUGAGAAGGAUCUGGACUGGCUGAUCAGUGAGGAAAGUCGGAGCGAAGAGCAAGGUCCUGACUACGAGGACAUUGAAGCGGACAUUGACAAAGAACUGUCUGAGGAUGAGAAAAAACAUAAAGCAAAGGACAAAAUCAGCAACUCAGGGGAGGAGGCCGACGAUGAAGAAAGGUGGCCCUCACCAAUGGACCCACUUGAGUACGAUCCAGACGGAGACGGCCCCAGCAAGGCUUUUCAUACGACACCGCAACGGACAGAUGAGGAGAAGUACAUCAUGGAGAAGAUCCAACAAGCCAACAAGGAGCUACAGGAUCAGGAAGCUCCGAAUUUGAGCCGGAGACGACGGCUUCAGUUUAAAGAGACGCUGGUUACCUUGGUGGUGCCUCCACUGCAGUUGGAGCAUGACCCCGGAGAGGCCAGCAACACGGAGAUGGAAGUGUCAGGGAGGCUGUCUGAGCUGAAACUCUCCCCUCGAGAGGAGCAUCAAGGUUGGAAGAGAGACGAAGGUCCCAAGGAGGGUAGGGUUCUUGUGGAAAAAGAUGGCAGGUUUGACCUUGUCAGCCUCAAAGAGGUAGAACAUCAAGGCCUCCUUCCUCCAAUUGCACCAGAGUACAUAGGGAGCCCCAGGAAGAGUCCUACUUACGUCCCCGCACCUCGUACCCCAGCUGGAACUUCUUCUGAUCGCCUACGGGCGCCCCGACCUCCGGCAAGGCCCAGCUCGGCCUGUCACAGCCAAAGAGGAGUCCAGCGGAGAGGAAUUAAGAGGCGGGUGCAGUCGGCCAAUGGGACGCCCUCCCAGGCAACGUUCAAGCUCUCACCUCAGCAGAAGGAACUGCUGCAAAGGGUCCAGGAGAGGAAGGAGAAAAUGGCCAGAGAGGCCGAGCAGAGGAAGCUGGAGGAUGCGGAGCAGAAGAGACAAGAGAACGAGCUGGCUUUCAAAGCGUGGCUCGUGAGGAAGAGAGAGCAGCUGCUGCAGGAGAAGAGAAUCCACAAAGCACAGGAGAUGGAGAGGAUGAAUUCACAGAAGGACUCUAGUGAACCAGAGGAUGCUUUCCGGCUGUGGCUGCAAAGGAAACAUGAGCAGCAACAGCGAGAGAGGCAGUUGGUACACCUGAAGAGGUUGGAGGAGGACGGCGGUUAUUUCCUACACAGCCGGGAGGAGUGCGAACGUGCCUUCAAACUGUGGCUGACUCGCAAGCGGGCGGAGAAGAAGGCGGAGCAACGGGCGGCUCGGGAGCGGUCGCGCAGGUUUGUCCUGGAGGAGCGGCGGGCGCGACGCAUGCGUGACCUGCUGUGCACGGCCAGCGACACCAAUACGUUCCGAUUCACGGAUCAGCUGACCUGUCACUUCUGAAGCACCAUACUUAGUUUUUUUUUUUUUUUUUUUUAAAUAUAUAUUUCAUGAUCUAUUAUCCGAGCCCAUAUAUUUGGUGCGACACUCCUGCUUGUUUUCCCUCUCCAGCAAAAUGAAUGAUAUGGAUUUCAAUACUUUAGUCUUACAAAAGAUUUGUUUGUACGUAAAUUGCUGGGAAGUUCACAAAAAGGAUUAUACAUGGCUCAUCAUGGAAAAUUCAAUUUACAUUUUAAAUGUAUGCUCUUGCUCUCUUGGAGAUUUUUUUUUCAUACGUUCUGGUUUUGCUCUGCUAUUUUCCCAAAGCACAUUCACCACAGUGACCUCUCAGCAUUACAUUUUCAACUUGGACAAAACAACAAUGCUGUGCAUCUUAAAAAGCUGACAUGUUGACAUCUUGUAUUCACAAACGCAUCAAUGACUAUAUUGUAUGCCAAUCUGUCGGAGCAAUUUAUGGUUUGUGUUCAAGCACAAUAACGUGAUUCUGCAUGUGAGAGAAAAAAAAACCCGUCUACCCUAACUGUCUAUAAUUUAUUAGGUCCCGAAAACAUACAGUUUUGUGCAUUUCAUCAUUAAAUAUCAGUGAAAACAAAAGUGUAGAACCUCACCCGUUCGGAUUAAAGCUCUGAAUCUCUGCAGAACAGACAAUAGAUAUACCCCCCCCCCCCCUCCCCGUUGAAUUUACAGUGCAUGACUCUGUCUUAUCACCUGUAUAUCAAUAAAAACCUAAAACAUC